AUGGGCUGUGGCUGUUGUUUACAUGCAUCAACUGAGAAAGAUACUUUACGUGUAACAAUUGUUGGCUUGGAAAAUUCCGGUAAAACGUCGCUUGUUCAAUGUUUGAAAACUUCGAAAAAAUCACGUCAAACAUCUCCGUGUAUUUCUACUCAUGGUGUUAUAUCGAUUAAUAUUCAGACGAAUAUGAAUUUCCUUGUUUUUGAUUGUGGUGGGUGUAAACAUCAACGGCAUAUUUGGCCUCAUUUAAUGAACAGUCCCGACGUGAUCUUAUUUGCUGUUGAUAGUGUGGAUUUAACGUGUUUAAAUGAUGCGAGAGAAGCGUUGAGUGAUUUACUUGUGGAUGAGAAUUUGAUCAACAAACCUUUACUUGUUAUUUUCACGAAAUUAGACAGAGGAAAUAAGCUUUCUAUUGAUGAACUUGAACAAGCAUUGGAUCUUUCAGUGAUAAAAGAUCGAUCAGUCCAUAUAGUAUUGUUUUCGUCUGUCACUCUAGAUGGUUUAACGUCGAUAAGAGAGUGGCUAACAUACUUCAGUUAUCGUAAACUUCAAGGUAAAGAUAUGAACAUUUCAACCUCUGAGAGACAUGGCUUACCACAUUCACUUAACCUUUCAACAGCAUGA